AUGGUACGCCGGCAGAAUGAGGAGGAAUUGAUCACAAUUACAGUAGAUGAGUCUUUGAAGUAUGGUUUGAGCAUUGACAGAUCUGAUUUCUGGGUGGAGAGUCGGAACUACUGUAUAGCUUGCUUAGUUUCAGGCGACGAUUUCUCCAUUCUUCUUCAUUUUCAACAUAAAAGGGGUGGAGGGGGCUCUUCUUUUAUCCCAAUUGCAGAGUAUGGAGCUGAGUUUCUCAAAGGUUCAAUAAAAGGAAAACCCGGGAAAGACAUGCGGCUUCAUUACAGUGGUAGAAACCAUUAUGACCUGCUUAUCUGA